ACGAUCAGACUAUCAAAAGAGCGAAUUACUGACCAGCAGUGUCCAAGUGCCUUUGCCUGUAUGGGCGCUCGCUCCCCAGUAUUAACCAACUGAAUCCAUGUAGUGUUAUCCAGCAUAUAUUAUCAACAAUACAACAAUAUAUUCUAUCUAGUGCCAUACAAGUGCGUGUAAUGUUUUGUGGGAGAAAUAUACUUAUCGCAGCCGUUUCAAUACUUCUAGUUCAAGAAUUUUCUAUAGCAGCUUCUAUAAAUUCAACAAAUGAGAGAGAUAAAAGACAGGCAUCAAGAUGUCCAGGGAAAUUUGAGUGUAAAAACAGCCAUUGCGUGAAGCAGUUUGACAUUUGUGAUGGAACAGUAAACUGUGGAGAUGGAUCGGAUGAAUGGCAAGCCACUUGCAUCAAGCAUAACAUCAAAUGUCCAAAAGGAUCGUUCCGUUGUGCAUACGGCGCAUGCGUGGACUCGGUCAAGAAGUGCGAUGGCGUCAGAGACUGCGCAGACAACUCAGAUGAGCUGCUUCUGUCUUGUCCAGGGGUCAAGUGGCUCAAUGGAAACUACCCAGAAUGCAGAGGAGACGAAUUUCAGUGUCGAAACGGACAGUGCAUUGACAAAUAUUCGGUAUGCGACGGUACAACUGACUGCACAGACCAGUCCGAUGAAACAGUCACACAAUGCAAUAAUGAAAAUUUCGGGUGUCCGAAGAACUCGUUCCAGUGCGCAUACGGCGGAUGCGUGGACCAGAGUGCGCGUUGCAACCGCCGCUUCGACUGUGCGGAUGGUUCUGAUGAGGACGAAGCACUGUGCGGCACUUCGCCUCCAGCCGGGCGGCCCACUCUGAAACCUCUGCAGCCAUCGGCAUCGGUCCCUCAGCAAACCACGCCCAUCGAGCUAGCCUUGCCCACCGCCAGGCCCACACCCAGGCCCACACCUAGGCCCACUCAGCCGCCACCCACCCGGCCACCUGUCACAGCGUCCAGUAAGGAUUGCCUGGUGCCCUCGUUUCCAAACACAGAGUACGUGCUGGCCACGUGCGAAAACAACUGUCAGCUGAGACCCAACGAUGUCGUCAACGGUGUGGCUGUUGUCAACAUUGUCUGCAAGGAGCCUUACAUCAAGCCCGACUCAGUCAUCGACUAUAUGUUCUGCUUCAAUGGCAUAUGGAGGCCCGAGAAUCAUGCGUGUGUUCAAACGUGCGACCCGCUGAUAUCGCCGACGCUGGUGUCGACGUGCACCCUGAAAGGCGAGAAGGUGCCUUGCACGGGACGGAUCCGCCCCGGCACCCUGGUGCGGCACCAAUGCCAGGCUGGCUACACGGAGCGUGGAGGGCUGCCGCUGGUCGAUAACGAGUGUCUCCCCACCGGAAAGUGGUUGCGUGUCGCUAGACAGAGCUGCACUUACAGAUGUGGCGUUGUUCAGACUGAGAGUGGACCAGAUAACUCGCCAUUGAUAAGCUAUGGAGAGCAAGCCAACAUACUCUACCACCCAUGGAACGCUGGUCUCUACACUAGAGGCGAUUCAAGCAAUUAUGAACACAUUUGCGGAGGAACUCUGAUAACACCGUACCUCAUACUCACUGCUGCCCAUUGCCUGCAUAGGAGAACCGGACAACAGAGGGAUCCGGCGCGUAUGAAGAUUGGCUUGGCCAAGUAUUACAGGACUUUCAAUGACCCCCGCGACAAGGAUGCCCAACUCAUGGAUGUUGAACGAAUAAUCGUCUCAGAAAUCUAUGAAGGAGCUGACCUUCACUACAACUACGACCUUGGAAUUAUCGAGAUGAAAAAUACAGUCAGACUUUCGCAAUACGUGAUGCCAGCUUGCCUUGCCACAGACAGCAAUUUCAGACUGACAUCGGAUAUGCUGGGAACUGUUGUUGGAUGGGGGUUAACAGAAGAUAACUUGCCCAGUCCAACAUUGCAGAAAGCACGUCUUCCUUAUUACACCCAGGCCGACUGCAGAGACAAGCUGCAACAAAUCGCACAGAACGCACAGAGCACCUACAUUUCAAGAGACAAGUUUUGUGCUUUUUAUACAAAUGGAACAAAUGUGCAGCAAGGUGACAGUGGAGAAGGCAUCACCUUCGAGUUCUCCGGUCGACAGUAUGUGUUCGGUGUAGUGAGCACCCAAGUGGAGCACAAAGUGUCCACAUUCACCGAUUUGACCAACCAGUUGCACAAACGGUUCAUCGAAGAUGUGCUCCUCAGCAUACGCAAUAAAUACAAGCUUUAAAUAUGUUAUCUUUAGUGAGGUUCACGUUGUAAAGUCAGCACCCGAUUAAAAUAUUGGUGUUGCUAACCACCUAUCCUUGUCUGUCAUUAGACAAAACAGAUAGCUCCAUCCUAUUCUACCUCUACACUGUUGCCAAAUCGACUAUAAAGUAACACAAUGAACCAUCAAAAUAUUUUAUCUACAAUAUGAAAAUUGAUAAUUAUUGAAUCAUGAGAAAAUAUAUUUUAUAAACAAAUACCAUAUGCCUAAAUUUGAGAUAGAGUUGAUCAUUAUUAAAAUCAAAAAAUCAAAAUAAUUGCUAAUUACAAAAUCAGCAAUUUAUAUAGAAGCACAUUAUACCGGAAUAAAUUGUAUCACAGCUAUAUCUUAUAUAGAAAACAGUGGUAACAGAGAAUUGGCUACUCUGUGGUCCUAUCACUUCCAUUGACUUUAUAACUUGAACUUCACUAUAAAUGAGUGACGUUAUCUAAAUAUCUUGUUUCAUCAUCUAAUAUGUGAUGUCAACUAUGAUAAGGACGUCAUAUCUAAAUAAGUGACAUCAUCUAAAUAAGUAUCUUGUUUUUCUCUAUAUCUUUGUUGUUAGAUUUUGAGCUAGUGAAAUUCUAUUGAUAAUUUCUUGAAAUAAAUUAAAUUUUUAUGAAAUAUU